AUGAGUUCCGUUGUCCCGGUCUCCCCUUUACGCCUUCCUUCUUCAUUCAACUUUGCCAGUGAUGUUGUCGACCAUUGGGCGUGGAGAGAUCCCUCCCAGGUAGCUCUCUACUGGACCGACCAAUCCCUCAGCACUACAAAGCAGUUGACCUACAGCCAUUUCUCGCGCCAGUCGCAACGCAUAGCAUGCCUUUUUGCAUCUUUGGGCAUCAAGCAAGGUGAAACGGCUAUCAUAAUCGCACCCCGUGUCCCAGAAUGGUGGGAGACAGCGACUGCCUGCCUCCGCUCCGGAAUCAUCUUGUGCCCGUGUACGACGCUGUUGGUUGACAAGGACAUCGAGUACCGACUCCAAGUCUCUCACGCUACCGCCUUCAUUGGGGAUGCCACGUCGGUGGCCAAAUGCCUUAAAGUCAGGGCCACAUGUCCCAAUUUGCGCACCAUAGUCCAGAUCAAUGGGACAGCGCCCCCAGGGGUCACUGACUUCCAUUCAGCAUUAAACAAAAUCCCCUCCGACGCCAGAUUUCCGGUGCCAAGCUCUCUGGGUCCAAAGUCUCCAGGUAUGAUAUUCUUCACUUCCGGCACCACGGGUCCACCAAAGAUGGUCCUGCACACGCAAACGUCGUAUCCCUUGGCGCACGCCCUGACGGGAACUCAUUGGUUGGAUCUAUCGCCGGGCAAGAUAUACUGGAACCUCUCGGAACAAGGUUGGGCUAAAGCUGCGUGGUCGUGGUUGUCGACAUGGAAUUGCGGCGCUACAAUCUUCAUUCACGAUGACAGGUUGGCGUUCCACCCGCGCCGGACGCUCGAAGUACUCAACAAGUUCCCCAUCACGACACUGUGUGCUCCGCCGACGGUGUACAGACAACUUGUUCUCGACGAGACCCGGCGGUUUUUUGCCACGGAAAAGGGCCAGCCAAAAGCGUUGGUCCACUGUUGCGGUGCAGGAGAGCCUCUGAAUGAGAGCGUGGUUCGCAUCUGGAAGGAGAUGACAAGUGGGAUCGAGAUUUUCGACGGGUACGGACAGACCGAGACGAUAGUAGUCUGUGCGAAUCAGAAAGUCAACAAGGUCAAGCCAGGCAGCAUGGGGAAGCCACUUCCCGGCGUACCCUUGACGAUCAUCGAUUCCGAAGGAAAUUCUGUGGCCCCCGGAGCGGAAGGAGACAUCGCCAUUGUGGUGUCGAAGACGAGGACCGACACUGAUUUCUUUGGUUUCUUCGAAGGAUACAUCGAUAAGUCCACAGGGAUGAUUGACACCAAGAUCAAAACCUAUCCGAACGGCAAGAUAUAUUUUGUCACGGGCGACCGCGCGACGAGAGAUGAGGAUGGAUAUUUCUGGUUUGUGGGUCGAGCCGAUGAUGUGAUUAACUCGAGCGGGUACAGGAUAGGCCCAUUUGAAGUCGAAUCGACCCUGAAACUCCACCCAGCGGUGGUCGAAUCCGCCGUCGUGUCCUCACCGGACCCGCAACGCGACGAGGUCGUCAAGGCCUUUAUCGUGCUCACGGACUCGGCCACGUCCAAGAUCAGAGCGUCUCGCGCGGCCGGCGAGGCGCUGGUUAAGGAGUUGCAAGAUUUUUGCAAGCAGAACGCGGCGCCGUACAAGUAUCCUAGGAGGAUCGAGUUCGUGGAUAGCGGCUUUCUGCCUAAGACCAUCUCUGGCAAGAUCAAGAGGGCGGAGUUGAAGGCGCUCGAGAGGAGGAGGUAUAAAGAGGCGCAGGGCGCGAAGUUGUAA